AGGUGCCCGCAGUCUGCGCUGGGAGCCGGAAGCAUGCACGCGGGCGGGGAGUUGGGCGCCGCGGCGGGCGGCUCGCUGCUGCUGUGCGCCGCGCUGCUGGCGGUGGGCUGCGCGCUGGGCCUGCGCCUGGGCCGGGGGCGGGGGGCGGCGGACCGCGCGUUGCUCGCCUGGCUCUGCUUCAACGCCCUGGUGCAUUUCGCGCUGGAAGGCCCUUAUGUCUACUUGUCUAUGGUGGGAAGCAUCACAGACUCAGAUGCCUUGAUCGCUUCAUUGUGGAAAGAAUAUGGCAAAGCUGAUGCAAGAUGGCUUUAUUUUGAUCCAACCAUUGUGUCUGUGGAAAUUCUGACCGUCGUCCUGGGUGGAUCUCUGGCACUAGUCCUUGUUUAUGCCAUCGUCAAAGAGAAACAUUAUCGGCAUUUCGUACAGAUUACCCUGUGCGUGUGUGAAUUGUAUGGCGGGUGGAUGACCUUCUGCCCAGACUGGCUUAUGGGAAGCCCCAACCUCAACACCAACAGUUGGCUCUACUUUUGGGUCUAUCUGGUAUUUUUCAAUGGUGUUUGGGUUCUGAUCCCAGGACUGUUACUAUGGCAGUCAUGGGUAGAACUCAAGAAAAUGCAUCACAGAGGAUCUAAUUCACGCAAAAAGUUUCAGUGAAUUUUCAAAGUCAUAAACACUGUCAGCUUGCCUUAUGAGAGUGAAUCCUUUUUGUUGGGCCAAAAUGUAAUGCAUUCCAGUCUGUGCUUUUCUUUUUUCAUUGUCAUUUUUGAACAACCUAAUUGAUUUCAGUGGAAUCAAUUUCAAAUGGACUAAGGUUGACGAGUUUUUUUGUUGUUGUUUUUUCCAAUUAAAUGGCAAUACAGGGAACAGAAUAAAUUUUAAACAGAAUAAAGCACAUUUAAUUAUAUCCUUUUAUGGCUAACAUUAAUUGUUCUACAUUAAUAAAGCCAAUUAUCAUGAAAUACCAUAGGGCAUGUUAUAUUAAUUUUUUAUUUCAAAGAACUUAUUGUUGCUUCAACUUCUAAUCUUCCCACCAGUCUUUUGGUUACGGAAGUGAAACCAGAAAUGAAAUGAAUGCUUCUGUUUUGCGUUUGUACUGUAUCAAAUUUGUGAAGCCACCACAAAAAAUGACAGUAGAAGGAAUUUGUGAGUGGGUUAACUCCUCAUGGGUGAACACUGGGGUUUCACCAACAGCUGAUUAAUUUAUAUCUGUUCUCUUGCAAGGAGGAAGAUUUGAAAUACCUUACAAAAAUACGAUUAAAAAGUAAAUCAGGAAAUAGGAAUAUAAGGAAAGUAAGAGUGAAAAAUAAUAAGAUGAAGGUAAAGUUAAUAUGCAGAAAGGCAUGCCAUGAUGUCAUGUGUAAUUGAUACAAGUGACACAUAAAUUUGACAUUUACCUUCAUUACCAAGAGGGAAAUACAACCACACGCUGUUGCAGGAAGCACUUGUUUGGGCAGGUGUUGUAGCAGUUCUGUCGGAGGUGGGGAGCAGGUACUCACCUUAACUCGUUCAACACCUGCGUUUCGUAUAGCCUCUUAGCUCGGAUGCAUUCUCUGCCUAGGACGGUUGCCUGGCACAGACAUACACCAGGCCCUGGUUGGUCACGGUGGACGCCGUCACUCAGCUCAGCCUUCGUUGCUCUCGGUCUAGGUCUCCCCUGACGGUGCAGAGAGCUGCAGUCAUGGUCCUGGGUGCCACGUUGGUUCCACCUUUCGAGGUAUUUGUGAGAGGUUUGAGGGGUGAAAGCAUGAAGACCGUUCUCAGCUGUUCCUUUUCGUCAUUGUUUUUCUGCUCUCCGGUGACCGGGAAUGUCUGUGGCUGUGGAGAUGUGAGGGUUUGGGGCGUUAGCACAUCGAGCGUUCAGCUUCGUGGGCAGCGAGAGGCAGCUGUGGUUGGGGCAGUGGGAACAGAGGCCAGUGGCGGCCUCAGUGGUAAUGCCUUCCUUGGGAGGGGCCGCCCUGUGCUCCUCUGGGAGCCCUUUCCAGAAGUUUAGCCAAGCACCUGCUCUUGCAGUCCUCCAGUAAGAUUCCCAUAUUCAGUUCUCCUGCUUAAAAUACCUAGAGCAAUUGCUGUUUUCUGUGCUUAUAUCUUGCAUGAUACUUGACUACGAUAUUUGUUGAAUACUGAAUGAAUAUGGGCAAGUAAGCUUGAGGAAUAUUAUAUUAGCACAUUAAAGACUUUAGAAGUUCUUCAGUAAAGAAGUGAGAUUAAUUUGUUAAGCCCAACUUUCCCCAACAUAUAUCAGACCACUUUAACAAGUAGGAUGGUGUUUCAUGGAACAUCAGGUAGGGGGAAGCUCUGAGUAACAGAGUCCAAUUUUCAUGGGAUUAAAAACAAACCAGUAAAAAAUUAAAGUAGCAUUUUAAAAAAUGUCAUUUGCUAUCUCAUUCUAAUAUUUAGGGGAAAACAGAAAGAUAUUCAAGUCUUACACAGAAAACAAAGACAACUAUAAAACACUGAGAGAAGUUAAACAAGACCUAAAUAAGCAAGAGAGAUAUGUCAUGUUCAUGGAUUGGAAGGCUCCAUAUUGUAAAGAAGUCAGUUCUCCCCAGAUUGAUCUAUAGAGUCCAUGUAAUCCCAAUUAAUUAAAUCCCAACAGAUUUAUCUAUUUGCCAUUUUUUAAAUGAUAAGUUGAUUUUAAGAUAUUUUAUGGCAAUGCAAAGGGCCAAGAAGGCUAAGACAAGGCUGUGAGAGCUCAGAGCUGGAGGACUUACUCUACCAGACAUUAAGCCUUAGUAUAAAGCUGCAGUAAUUACGGCAAGGUAGUGUUGGUACAGGAAAACCAGUGAGUAGAUAGACCAACGAAGCAGACUGGAGAGACCAGAAACAGACCUUCCUGUGUGGACUCUGGAUUUAGGACGAAGGUACCGCUGCAGAGCAAUGGGGAAAAGGUAGUUUUUUCAGUAAAUGGUGCCAGGCCAGUUGCAUAUCCAUGUGGGGAGUAUGAAUUUUGAUCCUCACCUCAUACCAUGCAUAAUAUCAACUCCAGGGGAAUUGUUGAUUUUAAUAUGAAAGGCAAAUAAUAAAGCUUCAAGAAGAAAAAAUAGGAGAAUACAUCCUUUAAAAGGAUUCAAAACCAGCAAUAAGUUUAACUACUUUAAAAUCAAGUAUUGAUACUUUGGAUCAUCAAAAUCCACCAUUAAGAGAAAAAAAAGGAAGCCAGAAGGUGGAAGACAUUUGUAGUACAUAUAGCUGACAAAAGACCUAUCCCAAUGAGUAAAUCAAUUAGACAAAGACAUGCAAUUUAAUAGGGAAAAGUUGAUGAGAUAGUCUGACUAAAUACUUCACGAAAGAGAAGGGAUUCGGGGGAAUGAUAAUUAAGGCCACAAGAUGUUGCUGUGUGCUGCUGUGGUUAGUCACUCAGUCGUGUCCGACUCUUUUCAGCCCCAUGGACUGUAGCCCACCAGGCUCCUCUGUCCGUGAGGAUUCUCCAGGCAAGGAUACUGGAAUGGGUUGCCAUGCCCUCCUCCAGGGGAUCUUCCCGACACAGGGCUCAAACCCAGGUCUCAAACACACUGCAGGAGCAUUCUUUGCCUCCUGAGCUACCAGAGACCUGUUAAAAUGGCUACAAAUGAAAAGACUGACAAUGAUGAGUGUUGGUGAAGAUGCAGAACCACUGGACCUCUCAUAUACUGCAGGUGAAGUGUAAAGUGGAAAACUGUUUUGAAAUGGAACUGAACGUGUGCCUGCCCUAAAACCCAGCUUAUGUAUGCUUCACGGAAGUGCUUACUCUGUGCACCAGAACGGUAGCAUCAUUUGUUACAACCCCAAACCAGAACCAACCUAAAUGAACAACUUGUGGUAUAUACAUACAGUGGACUGUAGACACAUACAGGGGAAAUUCCAGUAAUGAAAAUUAACAGCCUACUUCUCAUAAUAACAUGGAUGCAUUGCACAAAAAUCGUUGUAAGUAAAAGAAGCCAGACCAAGAGGGUA